AUGGGAACUACAGUUGCGACUAAUGCUCUCUUGGAACGUAAAGGUGCAAAGGUGUGCUUGAUAACAACCAAGGGAUUCCACGAUGUACUUGCGAUAGGCAACCAAACCCGUCCUAAUAUUUUUGAUCUCACGGCAGAAAAACUUGGUCACUUGUAUGAACUGGUACUUGAGGUUGACGAGCGUAUAACUAUUGAAACUUUUUCCGAAGGAGGAGGAGAUAAGUUGAAGAUUGAUGUGGAUUCCGAUCCUAAUCUCGUACGCAGUUCUACUGGAGAUAUUAUCCGGAUCUUGAAAAGGCCCAAUUAUGAGAAGGUCGAAGCAGAUUUACAGCAAUUAUAUGAUCAAGGUGAGAUCAAGACCAUUGCGCUCUGUCUUUUGCAUUCUUACGCUUUUCCAGACCACGAAAAGCAAAUUGCUAAAAUCUGCAAAAAAAUUGGGUUUUCUGUCUCGGUGUCCCAUGAACUUCAGCCCAUGAUAGGUAUGGUGAACAGAACGUCUUCGACUGUUGCUGAUGCUUACUUAUCGCCAGUAGUUCAAGAAUACAUGGAGGGCUUUGGUGCUGGAUUUGAAGGUGGAUUGGAGUCUUUUGGUAACAAGCUUUUGUUCAUGCAAAGUAAUGGUGGACUUGCUCCGUGGUACAGGUUUACUGGUCUCAAGGCUAUUCUUUCUGGACCAGCUGGAGGUGUAGUUGGGUUCGGAGAAACAUGCUACGAUACCAAGUCAAGAACAGCUACUAUUGGAUUUGAUGCUGGUGGAACUUCUACCGACGUUUCACGGUACUGCGGCUCAUUGGAGCACAUUUAUGAGACGGUUGUUAGUCAAGUGAGUUUACAAACUCCACAACUUGAUAUUUCCACGGUUGCUGCUGGAGGAGGUUCCAUGCUUUUUUGGAAAAAUGGGAUGUUUGUCGUUGGCCCUGAGUCAGCUGGAUCUGAUCCUGGACCAGCUUGCUACCGUAAGGGAGGACCCUUGACGGUAACUGAUGCGAACUUGUUUUUGGGAAGAUUAAUUCCUGAACACUUUCCAAACAUUUUUGGUCCAAACCAUGAUGAGCCACUCGAUGCCAAAACUACUGCUGAAAAGUUUAAGGAGCUUACCGCCGUCAUUAACCAGGAAAAGGGAAGCACAGAGGCUAUGACUCCAGAACAAGUGGCAGAAGGUUUUCUCAAGGUUGCAGUGGAAGCCAUGGCCAGACCGAUCAGAAAUAUCACAGAAGCAAAGGGCUACAAAACUUCAGAGCACAACUUGGCAUGUUUUGGUGGUACUGGAGGUCAAUUUUCAGUGGCCUUAGCCAAGAAUCUUCUGAUUCGUUCGGCUGCAAUUCACAAGUAUUCCUCUUUAUUGUCUGCUCAUGGAAUCAUGCUCGCCGAUAUCUUGAUAGAGAAGCAAGCACCGCUCACUUGUGCCUAUUCUGAAGAUAAUUAUGCUUUGAUUGACAGGACUGUGGAAGGGUUAGUGAACGAUGCGUAUAAGGACUACGAGCUGCAAAAUUUGGUAGAAUUUGAGACCAGCGUUCAAGUCAUGUUGAAUAUGAGAUAUGUUGGUUCCGAUACCCACUUGCUUAUCCCCAAGAAUGAGCACUACGAUGCUGCUGACUCUUUUGUUCAGAGACACAAAAGUGAGUUUGGGUUCACCUUGGAUAGAAUGGUACUUGUUGAUGAUGUUCAGGUUAUUCUUGUCGCCAAGGGUCGUGAUAAAGAGACGUGCAAUCCCUUUGAAGAGGUCAAGAGCAUCGAAACUCAGAAAACGAAAUCCUCUGCGUCGCACAAAUCUGUCUAUUUUGAAAGCAAAGGCUGGAUAGACACGGCUAUUUACAAGUUGAAAGACCUCGUCAAAGGGGACUUGGUUCAUGGUCCAGCAAUUAUUCUCGAUGAAACUCAGACGAUUGUCAUUGAGCCCUUUUCACUUGCAACUAUUUUGACAAGCCAUGUGCUCAUCUCCAUCGAGCAAGGCAGUGCUCCAGAGCUCUCCGCCAAGGUGGUGGAUCCAAUUCAACUCUCUGUUUUUGGCCAUAGGUUCAUGUCAAUUGCAGAACAGAUGGGUCGAACUUUGCAACAAACUGCCAUUUCUACCAAUAUUAAAGAACGGCUAGAUUUUUCUUGUGCUGUGUUUGACAAAAAUGGUGAUUUGGUAGCCAAUGCUCCUCAUGUUCCUAUUCAUCUAGGAGCCAUGUCGUUCGCCGUGAAGGGCCAACUAGAGAUGUGGAAGGGAAAACUUGAUCAUGGCGACGUCCUCGUUACCAACCACCCUCUGGCAGGCGGUUCACAUUUACCUGAUAUCACUGUGAUAACUCCUGUUUUGGAUGAAGAUAAGAACCCUAUUUUCUGGACUGCUUCACGGGCUCACCAUGCGGAUAUUGGUUCUAUUUCUGCUGGUUCAAUGCCUCCAAAUUCGAAAACUAUUUUUGACGAAGGUGCUGCAAUCAUGACCUUCAAGUUGUGCUCGAAUGGGAAAUUUGAUGAGGCUGGAAUCACCAAGCUACUUGUUGACGAACCUGCUAAGCAUCCUGGUGGUUCCGGGUCUCGUGCUUUGAGUGAUAACAUUUCUGACCUUAAGGCUCAGGUUUCUGCCAACUAUAAGGGUAUCACCUUAUUGAAGGACUUGAUCGAUACAUUCUCAUAUUCGGUUAUCGACUUGUACAUGGGUGCCAUUCAGUCAACGUCAGAGGUUGCUGUCAAGAAUCUUCUACGGUAUGUCAACGAAAAGUUUGAAGGUAAGAAUCUCGAAGCAAUAGAUUAUCUUGACGAUGGAACUCAAAUUGCUCUCAAGAUUGUUAUAAACGCUUCAGAGGGCACUGCUGAGUUUGACUUUACAAAUUCCGGUAACGAGAUGUACGGCAAUUUGAAUGCUCCCAAGGCUAUCUUGUAUUCUGCUGUCUUGUAUGUGUUGAGAUCAUUGAUAAGCAGCGAUAUUCCUCUCAACAAUGGAUGUUUACGGCCGAUCAGAUUCAAGACUCGUGAAGGCUCGGUGGUGUCUCCUUCGUCUGAAGCAGCAGUGGCAGGUGGAAACGUGGAAACAACCCAGCGUAUCGUCGAUGUAAUGUUGAAGGCAUUUGAAGCGGCUGCAGCAUCACAAGGAACUUGCAAUAACUUUACAUUCGGUGUCUGCAACAAAGAGAAGGGAAUUUCAUUUGGAUACUACGAAACCAUUUGUGGUGGAUCGGGAGCAGGACCAACUUGGGAUGGUCAGAGUGCUGUGCAAUGCCAUACCACGAAUACCAAGAUCACCGAUACUGAACUUUUUGAAAAAAGGUAUCCGAUUAUCGUGCAUAGAUUUCAAAUCAGGCACGGUCUGGGUGGCAGUGGUGUACACCGUGGAGGAAACGGAAUCAUCAGAGACAUUGAGUUUACGUUUGAUAACCUCGAGGUUUCUUGUUUGAUGGAAAGACGAGCACUCGCACCUUUUGGACUUUUGGGCGGAAAAGAUGGACUUCGGGGAACGAAUAUCUGGUACCGCAAGGAUGCCACCUCUGAUACCUACAGGGAGAUUUCGCUAGGAGGCAAGUGUACAGUUCGGGUGCAAAAAGGUGAUCAUGUCAUCAUUAUGACUCCAGGUGGAGGAGGGUACGGUGACCCAAAUCUGAAGUUAAAGAGCAUUGACUAUAAAAUUACUAGCGCUCCGCCUGCUAUAUAUACCGGGUCGGUAGGAAUGAUGGCAGCAACACAGGAAACCAAUUGA